GAUGAUCCUAGCUGCAGAUUAUUCCCAGUUGGAGCUGCGGGUGCUAGCUCACCUCUCUAAGGACCGGCGCCUCCUACAGGUGCUGAACGGAGGGGUGGAUGUUUUCCGCUGCAUCGCGGCAGAGUGGAAGAACAUAACCCCAGAUGCUGUGAAGGACGGCCUCAGACAGCAGGCCAAGCAGAUUUGCUAUGGCAUCAUCUACGGGAUGGGAGCCAAGUCUCUGGGGGAGCAGAUGGGCGUGGAUGAGAACGAUGCUGCCUGUUACAUAGAGAGCUUCAAGGCCAGAUACACAGGGAUCCAGUCCUUCCUGAGAGACACGGUGAAGAGCUGUGUAAAAAAGGGCUACGUUCAGACACUGCUGGGACGCAGGAGAUACCUGCCUGGGAUCACAAACGGCAACACCUACGCCAGGGCACAUAGUGUGUGUGGUUCUGCCUCUCAGGCAGAGCGCCAGGCGGUGAACACCACUGUUCAGGGUUCAGCUGCUGACAUUGUUAAACUGGCCACUGUCAACAUCCAGCAGAGACUACAGGAAACCUUCCCUACUGCCCCCCUGUCACAUCAACACCCACACUCAGACAGGGGCCGUAGCAGGACAUGGCCUCGGGUCAGAGGGGCUUACUUCAUCCUGCAGCUGCAUGACGAGCUGAUCUACGAGACCACAGAAGAAGACCUCAUUCGGGUGGCUCAAAUAGUGAAGAGAGAGAUGGAGUCAGCAGUCAAGCUUUAUGUGAAGCUCAGAGCCAAAGUCAGGGUGGGACCCAGCUGGGGUGACCUCCAGGACAUGGAAAUAUGAAGGUGGGUUGAAAGUGGCCUUAGACAUACUGAAGUAGGACUUGACAGCUUUACACAAGUGUUGCUUUCUGUGUUUUUCUACGUAUAUUUCUGUGUGAUAGUCAUUUAUUCUCAACAAUAUACUGAAUGGACUGAAAUGUUUAACAUAUUUUAAAGUGUCAAGAUAAGUUUUAAUCUCUGCUGUUUACGAAUGAACUGAAUGUAGUAAUGCAUAUGUAUAUUUUUAAUCCUCUAAAUUGUGAUCCUGUGUAAAAGUUAUUUGUC